GACUCGUAUUUUAUUCAACAAUUGUCACCAAAGUCAUGUACAAAAUAAGCUUGAAUUUGGCAUAAAAAUCAGUCAGGUAUACAGCUUUUAUUCAGGGUUUUAUGUCGUACCUGCACAAAGGACAUGAAUUGCGAUUAUUUUAUAAACAUCUUUGAAAAAAAACUUUUUUUUUACGAGAAGGUAAAGAAAACGACACACAAAUAAAAAUCCAGGCACGCUUAUUAUGCGUACCCGAACUGAGUCACUGUUGUUGAUCUUCCGUGCAUGAUACCGCGGGGGUUCUAUUCGUUCGUGGAUGACCUGCAUGGUAUAGGGCAGACAAGGAAAUAAAAUCACGGAACCACACCGCCGCCUCCCUCGUUGAGAUCCGCAGGGUCGUACAACUGUCUCGUCCUCAGCUCCACUCUCCCUAUCUAUUGAAUCUUAGUUUACUGCAAUUUCCAAAGCUUUGAUAGGUUCCGAAUUGUCACUUUGCAUCACAUCAAGAAGCGUAGCUUUGCUUUCCCGUACCGCCAACAUCCAGCAGGUCUUCAUUCGUUUCAGAGAUAUCCACGAAUCUUCAAUGUCAGCAUCAUGGUGGAACUCUCUCAGCAAGCGUUGUUGGUCAAGUUGGUGGUGCUGUCAGUCUGCUUCAUCACAGACUGUAUGGCGGUGAGCACUGGAUGUUCAGAUGUGUGCGAGUACAAUGCAUGGGGGAAGGAAGCCGGAUGUCAGGGGCGAGAUCUGACUUACGUGCCACAGGAGUGUAAAUCAGCCAAGACCUUGCAGAUGCAGGAUAACAGAUUGCAGCAUUUGACGGAGGGUUCCUUUAGCAAUUUUUCCAACCUGAAGUACCUGUACCUAGACAGAAAUAACUUGACCCUAGAGAACGGAGCAUUUGAAGGGUGUACCGAGUUGCAACAGAUCCAUCUGAACGAGAUCGGUAUUCCAACUCUCAAACCAGACAUGAUGAGGGGGUUACCAAAUGUGCUGCACAUGUUCAUCAACAAGGCCGGAUUGGAGGUGAUCCAACCAGGUGCAUUUCAGAACAUGACAAACCUGCAGUACCUAUCUUUGCAGGAAAAUGAACUUAUGACAGCUCCAUGCGAUGCCUUCUCCACUGUCAAUUCUCUUCAUACGCUAUUCCUUGACAGUAAUAAAAUCACUUAUUUGCCGGAUGACUGCUUCAGCAGAUUUUCUCACCUGACCAAACUCUAUCUUAAGAACAACCCACUGGGAGACCUGAGCGGUCGUGCAUUCAGUGGACUUGGUAAUCUUGUCCACUUGGAUCUGCAAUAUACAGACUUGACCCGAGUACCAACGGGAAUAUUCCCAUAUGCCAACAAAAUCGAAACGCUUCAGCUUUCUUUCAAUGACAUUCAGCAUCUCCAUAACCGCGAUUUUGCGAGUCUUUCUGGACUGAGAAAGCUUUAUCUCCAGCACAAUCAGAUUAUCAGCAUUCAGAGUGACUCGUUUGAAUUCCUCGGUUCUCUCAAUGUACUCGAUAUAUCAUUCAACGUGAUAAAAUCGAUCGAAACUGAAGCUCUUGAUAAUUUUCCACAUUUGACGAAGCUCCGGCUGCAGUAUAAUUCGUUGAAUUCGACCAGGAAUAUCACCUUCAGCAACAUCCCUCAGGUUGCCCACCUUAAUAUCUCUCACAAUCCGCUCCACUGCGAUUGUUCUAUUUACCCUCUUCAGUACUGGCUUGAUGGAGCGACUGCGAUGACUUCUGAUGCAGGCUCGUCGUACUUGGCAAGCUGUUCAACUCCCGAAAGUUUAAACGGACAAUUUCUCACUAAACUCAGCCAUCAUGAUAUCUGUCCUUCCGUAAAACCUGUGCCCCUAGUCACUGAUCUCAUCACACCUGCAGCCCUCUUAAAAAAGAAAGACGCGCCCACAUCUACAGGUUCAUUGGACAGCAAAAUGAUUGGCAUCAUUACCGGAGUGGCUGUAUUGAUCAUUUUCAUUAUUGGUGGUAUUAUCAUCCUAGUUAUGAAGAUACGCCAUGAUCGAGAUGAAAUCGACAUAGGCGACCAGUACGAAAGAGGUGGGCAGCUUGGGGUGAAACCUCCUGCACAUGGACCGCCAGCGCCAGCCGGGGCAAUGUAUAUCACUGAAAAUCUACUGGAGAAAGGGCCUGAACUACCACCCCGACGUACAGACGUCUUUCCCAAUGGAUCGAGAUGUCCUGGCUCCUCAGUGACGUCAGGAACACAACUUUUACAGUGUCCUUAUCCCAGCAUUGGAGAUGUCGACGGGCCAGAAGGAACCAUGGGCAGCGUGGGCUACAUUUCUCCCUUGGCUAAUGGUGAAAGGACGAGGCCUUCACUUUCACCACAGUCUAGCCUGUCUACUUCCUCUCCAGAAGAAUAUGGUGAAUAUUCGGUGGUGUUUCCUGAAGAGCAACCUUCUGUGGAAAAUGAGGAGGCACCUUCGGCAGCGGAGUGGUUGAACAAGAACUUCAACCCGUCUCCCGGGGCAGAUACUACUAUGGAGUCCAAGUCCAAAGGACAAACACCCGCUGCUGAGAGUAAGAAUGGUACAGGCUACAUCUUGUGGCGUCCGUCUUGAGAUGUUUCUGUAGCAGCUGCCUAUGGAAAUUUUUCCUACGAGAUGAAGUACUCAGGGUGUUUCCUUGAUUACCUAUAGUAGGCCUCAGUGAUAUCUUUUAUAAAGUGGACUCUGUCAGCAGAGAUUUCAUUUAUAUGCUUUCAUUAUCUUUUGAUAGAGGAAUAGUAAAGAGACUUGCUCAGAUCUUUGUCUGUGGACCUGGCGAAGCUAUAGCUCUAUAUUCUCUACAGCUUAAUUAUAAUUAUGUACAGAUCAAUCUUUAACCUAUCAAUGGGGUCGGUUUACCAUUACAAUAAUAUUGUAGAGGUGUCGUGGUUUAGUGGAUACAUCAUCGUCACCAGACUGUGAAUGACACGGUCCGCAGUUUGAGUCCCACCUCGGCACACAUGUCCUUUGGCAAGACAUUAAUAUGCAUGUGCCACUCUUCAUCCAGGUGAAUUAAAUGGGUACCUACGGUAGGAAGAAAUCCAUUAUGCUUUAGCGCCUGAUUAUGGUGGCUAAGCUACAGCCGGGGUAAUAAUACUUUGUAUUAAUUAGCAGUAGAGUUAUUCAUUACAGUACCUGCGCUAUAUAAAUUAACCUAUUAUCAUAAUGACUACCCUGACAAUAUAACCCUCUUACAAGAGAUAUGGUGGGCGAAACGAAGUGAAUCAUGACCAUUUGGACAGUAAAAGUCGUUAAAUGUCCUAAAUUGUUCCAGGCCAACGAUUUCUGGAACAUCUUUUCGGCACCUUGUGGAUAAAACUCGGGAUAGCUGGUCUAUCUUAGGAGGAUACCAUUCCACGCUUCGUUGUUUUGUACAGUUAUUUUUGGAUUUGCUUAGGUUUAUUUCAUUGAUGAAUAGUCGCUAUAAUUAUGGGAAAAGUAUCUGCGAUCAUGUUUUUUUUAAUUUGAUGUUUUUACCUUCUUUUUUUUUCUGGCUUGAGAUGCCAAAUGAUAUUUUUGAUUUGUUUUUAAAGUGAAAAAAGCAAUAAAUUGAGACGUACGUACUGCCCUCCUCAAUCCUGUCUAUAUCAAACUCAGAAAUAAUGGGGUUUAGUGCUUCCAGAAUAAUAUAUUCUAAAGUGUGUGAUGUAAUGUUAAAUCAAAGUGUGACGGUCUGUGAUCAUUAACCAACGUUCUAGUUUUGGGGCUUUCCAGAGAAAACUCUUUUUUAUUCAUCAAUUGCAAGAUGCCUCAUCAUCCUCUAUUUUGUGUGUAGUAACAUAGUUUACACAUAAAUAUGGCUGUUUCAUGAAUGUAUUUCCUGUUUCCUUAGAUAUUUUAUAUAAUUUGUAAUGCAGUGUUUGUGAUAAGAAAACCGCGUGAUAUAAGUCCAAGUCCAGAUGUUUUUUCGGACUUACAUUUUAUUUUUCAUAGUGUACAUGUGUAUAUUCGUUUACGUCACGUUUGUUCUCUUGCAUUUAUAUUGCUAACGUUUGUUACAUGUCUCUAUGCGUUUGAAUAUUUUUUUAGUAAAUUUGCUAGCUUCAAUUGCAAUUUAGAUGCGCCAAAGGCCGUGCACGUUGCUGAUAUUGCUGUGGCAAAUUAAUAUUCUUGUGCGGGCAUAGGAAUGUUUUUAAAGUACUAGAUUUUACCUUGAAAAUUAGUUGCAUCUGGCUUGUUUUAUCUUUAAAGACGAAGGUUUGAUGAAGCCUGCCAAUAUGUAAAUCUUGAAAUAGCGUUUUGUAUUCAUGUAAGUAAAAACAAAAAUGGAGCUCGUAAAUUGCAAUCUUUGGUGAUGGUUUGGGGCCAUUCAAUUAACUUGAUAUGUAAUCGGAAUGAGGCAAAAGCUUUAAAGAAUCGAAGGUUGAAAACCUGAUCAAAUGUAUAUAUGAAUGCAUGUAGCCUUUGAAGGAUAUAAUGACCAAUUGGUAUGAUAUAAACGUUAAAAUGUAAAUGUAUAUGCUGUGCAUACUCAGAUUAUAUUAGUAUCGAUCAUUGUGUUCAUGCAUGUAGUUUGUUAUGAUCAUUUUGUGUGUCUCCAAAAGGAGUAAACUAUAACCAAUACUCAAUUUGUAAUCUAUUCAUCUACGAUGUUGCAUAUGAUAUUGUUGGAGGGUUUUAAAAAAAAGUCUUUUGAGUGCUUUCCCAUCAUGGACUCAUGUUUAAACCAAAAACUGUUAUUUGAUGAUUAUAAUUCCCUAAUCAGUACGUUGUUGAGAUAUAAUGAACUAUGGUUAUCAUGAAGAUCACAGUGAAUAUACAACUCCAUUAUCCGUCAGUUAUGUAUGACAUAAUAAUGAUUUUGCAUGGUAAAUGAAUUUCUAAUGGUCAUAAUCCUAUGCUGCCAAAUCCAUACCUUUAGACAUUACGUCUAACUUUGGGCGUUGAUAGAAGAAGCUGAUUUUUUUUAAAUUUCACUAGAAAUUUAAAUAAUAUGAAUUAGCUAUUGACUUGAAAGUGGAGGAUUUUUUGUCUUCAGCUUUAUACUCGAGUGAUUGGGAUUUAUAAUUAUGCAUACAACAAAUCGAAAUCAUUUUCUUUGUAGUCAUGACCGAUUUUAAGAGGGCGAACAGGAGGGAGGGAGGAAGGGAGAGAGAGAGCGAGUGAGAGAGAGGGAGAGAUAGAGGGGGUUUAUAAGGGGAAAUUGACAACAACUCUUUUUAUUUGGUGUCAUUUCUGUUAUUAUGUAUAUUUUGAAAACGUUUAAGCCAAAUAUCUUCCAAAUUGCAAGCAAAUUACUCUCCAGUAAUUUUCUUAUUUUGUACUUGUGUUUUACACUGCCAUUCAGAGUUAUAUUUUUAUACAGUUUUAUUAUUUCGUGUAAUUGUUUAUAAUAUGAUGUAAGCGAUAUAAUUUUGCAUUCUGUAUUCAUCGUUAUAAUGCAUUACCGUUUAACAAUAGAUGUACCAUGCGUUUUUCUUGUUUAAAGUAUGUAAGAAUUAGUUUGUGUUGUUUGUAUACAUGAACAUUAAUCUCGAUUUAUUUUUUAAAAACUAUGUAAAUGAAAUGUAUAAUGAUGCUCUUUAAACACAGAAAUAACAUAUGAAUAUAAAAGCAAGACAAGAAGA